UAAAGGAAGAAUAACGGCGGCUGGACUCUGAAGACAUGUGAACUGCCAUUAGCGCGAGUUCAUCACUAGCACAAGAAGAAAGAUUCUCGUUUUUAAUCGACAUAUUUCACGGACGCCUGAUGUUGAUGAAGAGUUCUGCCUCACCGAGGACAUAGAGGAAGUCCAUGGGUUCACCGUGCAGCAUACCGAGAGAUACAUGCUUGGAAUAUAAUUCACAUUAAAAGGGAAAUUCGCUAUCAAACCGUCAAUAUUUGGAAAAGAUAGGGUCACCUGGACGCGUGCACGGACUGGUCAAACACCCUGUCCUGCCUCAGAAUUAAAGGCCUCACGGUUAAAGUAGUUCACAGGCCCAUCUGACAUGGCGGACAGCGAAGACGCCUUUCGCCUCCAAAACUCUCCAAGUGACACGGAUGCAAAAGAUUUACAAAGCGACGGGAAAUCCGAAAAACAGAAUGGAGCCUCCAGCAAAUCUCCGUCAUCACAGACUACCUACAUUCAACAGGGAAUGGAAGGGAUCAAAGUUUACUUGCACGAGCGAGAGUUAUGGACAAAGUUUCAUGAAGUGGGGACUGAAAUGAUCAUCACCAAAGCAGGGAGGCGGAUGUUCCCAAGCUUCAAAGUGAAGGUCACCGGGUUGAACCCAAAAACCAAAUACAUUCUGUUGAUGGAUGUAGUGCCAGCGGACGACCACCGCUAUAAAUUCGCCGAUAAUAAAUGGUCUGUGACAGGAAAAGCAGAACCUGCAAUGCCUGGAAGGCUGUAUGUCCACCCAGACUCACCGGCCACCGGUGCACACUGGAUGCGGCAACUUGUGUCCUUCCAGAAGCUUAAACUGACAAACAACCACCUAGAUCCUUUCGGACAUAUUAUCCUGAAUUCCAUGCAUAAAUAUCAACCGAGAAUCCACAUCGUGAAGGCGGAUGAAAAUAAUGGAUUUGGUUCCAAAAAUACCGCUUUCUGCACUCACGUGUUUCCAGAAACGGCGUUUAUUGCAGUCACGUCUUACCAAAAUCAUAAGAUUACCCAGUUGAAGAUUGAGAACAAUCCCUUUGCAAAGGGUUUUCGUGGAAGUGAUGAUAUGGAGCUACAUCGCAUGUCAAGAAUGCAAAGCACCAAGGAGUAUCCAGUAGUUCCACGCAGUACCGUGCGCCAGCGGGUCGGCACCAGCCAGAGUCCGUUUAGUGGCGAUGUACAAGGACUAUCUACUCCCAGUGGCAUGAGCUCUCAGUAUUCCUGUGAAAACAGGGUUACAAGAACGUCCCAAGACCUACUGCCUCAGUCAAGCUCCUAUCCUCUGCCCAAUGAACACAGUGAAGAAUAUCACUGCAUCAAGAGGAAAGGGGAGGAUGACUGUCACGCCGGAGAUCAUUCAUACAAGAAAUCUUAUGUGGAAAGCUCAUCCAGUGAGGACGAUCACUACUAUCGGCCUGUGAGCUACUCUCAGUCUCUGGGCCUCACCAGUGCCCCUUACAGGACUGAGUCUGGUCAGCGGCAGGCGUGCAUGUAUGCCAGUGCUUCGCAAUCCACUGAGCCAGUGCCUAGCCUGGAAGACAUCAGCUGCAACACCUGGCCGGGUAUCUCAGCUUACGGCAGCUGUUCCGUGACCACCAUGCAGCAGAUGGAUCGGCUGCCCUAUCAGCACUUCUCUGCUCAUUUCACCUCAGGACCCUUAGUGUCCAGAUUAAGUGGUGUCGCAGGCCAUGCCUCACCACAGCUGGGUGACACCCAUGCUAUGUACCAGGGCUCCAUGCCUCAUCAGCCACUGGGUCGUCAGUGUAGCCCGAGUGCAGGGAUUCAGUCGCCAACCGCUGGCCUGCAGGGGAAUGAGUACUUGUACACUCAUGGGAUACCCCGCACGCUGUCCCCGCACCAGUACCACGCCGUGCACAGUGUAAGCAUCAUGCCUGACUGGAAUGAAGGCAGCUAAUUGGAUUCUUAUGAACAGGGAAAGAAGCUCCCAACAUGGUAUAGAGAAAAGACUCUUUUCCGACAUAUUUAUAUCUUUAAUAUCUAUGCUGCCUUGUGAAAUCUUGUGGUAUAGUUAAAUGGGACAUUCUUGUCAGACAUUAGAGUUAUAAGCCAGUUAAAGUGGCUAAGGCAGCAAUGAAUGUCUGAGAAAUACUGGGAUUUUUUUUUUUUUUUUUUCACAGAGUGGACAGUAACAAGAGACUUACUGUAUGUUUGUAUGAUCAGGGACAAAGAACAUUUCCCUUUCAAUGUAAGGGCAAAUACAUAGAGAUGCCAACAGUUUUGUUGAAAAAAACUUUAAUUUAAAAAAGAAAAAGAAAAAAAAAAGAAAAACAAUCCAGUUUUAUAGUAUUUUUUCAUCUCAUUGUAUGGGUUGUUCUUGACUUUUCUUUGAGCGUAUAUGAGCUGAUAUGUUAGAACGAGUCUUUGGGAUCUUAUGUUCGAUGGUAAACAAAGAGUCCUGGUUUCUGUAAGUGUUUUUUUAAUGGGGAAAAAAAAAUGAAAACAUCUUCUGGUCAGUGAACAUCAUUUGUCUCACAAAUAACAGCAGUUCUAUUGAAGUUCUAACUUUCAGUUGGUGCAGAUUAAUGCACUUAGUAGAUUUUGUUCAGGGAUAUACUUCAAGUUAGUUUCACUUAAUGCAACAUCUUAAGUAUCAUUGUUUUGGAAUUACCAGUAUGUCCAUGAUACAAAUAAGUCAAUGUAAGAAAAUGGAUGAAUGGGCACUUUUUAUUUAAAAAAAUGUUAGCUGGAAAUAUGGCACAGCACAAUACCAACCAAUCCAUCCAUUAGAUUGGUACGGUAGUUUAACUGUACUUACCGUAUAAGCUAAUACUAGGAUCAUGGACAUACUAAUGUAAUGUAAUGUUACACAAUCUCUGUUAGCACACAGAGGAGUAACGUUCCAACAGUAAAGUGAUUCUCAUAAGCAGAGCACCAAUCACAGGUUUAAUAACUCAAAGUUAUUCUAAAGACUUUACAAGGCCUAAGAUACAAUACAAUUUUAGAUUAACCUGCAAACUUUAGCACCUGAACAUAACUUUUGUAAGGACAUUUUUAUUUUUGGACACUUGUAAUCACCAGAAUUCUCCUGUUAAUAGUAUUUAUUUUUCUUGUAUUAUAAAACCUUCUGUUGUUUAACCUUCAAUGUCAUUUGCUAGUUUGACUUUUACUCUACAUUUUUUUUAAUUACUUUGAGUUUAGGUAGACAAACUUUCUUUUUUGUUAAAAAAAGUAAUCAAUCUGGAAUGAGUAUGAAUACCUGUCAACAUACAAACAUGAUUUACUUUCUGUACAUAAAACAAAAAUGUACAUAGAAAUCAGAAUAAAUGUAAAAGAUCCUU